AUGAUAAGAAAUCUACUGAAAGCCUGGAAUGAAGGGACACGCAAAAAGAAUGGCGACGGGUGGGGUUUGGUGGGAGAGGAAAUGGAAAUGAUGGAUUGUUGUCAAAACUGGACCGAUCAUCGAACUGAUAAAGCUACUGGUUUAGGUUCACUGUCUGGAGAUUUUGAAUCAUUGGUUUCUGUUAACUUUAAGAGAUUCUGGCCUUGUCACAGGCUUCCAGCAUCUGCUGAUAAUUCGGCUCCUGGAAUUUGGCCCAUAUAUCAGGCCCAAGGAAGCCGUGAUCCGCCGCAGCAUCGCCUCGUUCUCUCUUCAGUCACAGGCUCUUUGUGCACCACCCAACUUGGAGACCAUCAUCGCGAAGUCGCCGCCCCUGCUCCGCCUCCGUGCGAGGAUCCAGAGGCGGCCGCCGCCGCCGCCCCACUGGCGCCGGAGGAGGUCUCCAUCUGGGCCGUCCGCCUCCUCGCCGACGAGAAGAGCGACGCUAUCCUCCUGAAAUUCCGUCGGCCGACGGACUUCAACGUCAAGGAAGAUUUCGCUAUUCUGAAAAGCGUGGUGCCGUGGAGGAAGGAGUUCAAAAUCGAGGAGCUCCUCGAUGAAGAAAAUAUUUUCUUGGAGAAGAACAUAAGGAAGCUCGAUUUUCGGCCCGGAUGGGAUCGUUCAGGAGAUAAUGAGUCCUACGACUUCUCCAUCAGCCUGAGCUCGACGACACCAGUGCCGGACACGUUCACAUGA